UCACUGCUCUGGAUUCUAGGGAGCUCUGUUUUGGGGGUUCCCACGCUGCCGCGGCUAAUGCUCAGUCUUGGGAGGAAGACUUUGACACUACAUCCGCAACACACAGACAACCGACAGGUGGAGGUUUGAGAUGCACUGUUGUCGUCCCCCCGCCCCAGCACGAACAGAGCCUAAACAGGCAUAAGGUGCCGUCAUGGUGAACCAGGUUCAGCGAGGGGACGGGAGUCUGCGCUCAUGCAAGAGCGACUCCAGCGGGCUCAGCAACAGCGGCGGGGAGAGCUCCAAGGAGAGCUCCCGGUGCUCCACGCCGGUGCUGGAGGCAGACCGCUCCGACAGGCUGCGGGACAAGAUGCGGAGGAGGACGGAGUCCGGAGACCGCUGGUUCUCGCUGGAAUUCUUCCCUCCCCGCACAGCCAGUGGAGCCGUCAACCUCAUCUCAAGAUUCGACCGUAUGAGUGCCGGGGGGCCCCUCUUCAUUGACAUCACCUGGCAUCCGGCAGGGGACCCGGGCUCAGACAAGGAAACCUCCUCUAUGAUGAUUGCCAGCACAGCAAUCAAUUAUUGUGGCCUGGAGAGCAUCCUCCACUUGACCUGCUGCAACCAGACCAAAGAGAAGAUCACUGGCUACCUGGCCAAAGCAAAGCACCUGGGCCUCAAGAACAUCAUGGCACUAAGGGGAGACCCAGUGGGAGCAGACUGGGAGGAAGAGGAGGAAGGCUUCAACUACGCCACCGACCUCGUCAAACAUAUCCGAUCAGAGUUCGAGGACUACUUUGACAUCUGCGUUGCUGGCUACCCCACAGGCCACCCAGAGGCAGAGAGCUAUGAGGAGGAUCUCCGACACCUAAAGGAGAAGGUGGAUGCCGGGGCAGACUUCAUCAUCACCCAGCUGUUCUUCAGGGCAGACACGUUCCUCAAGUUCCUGGACGACUGCAGGGCGAUUGGCAUCACCUGUCCCAUCCUACCUGGAAUCUUCCCCAUCCAGGGUUACCAGUCUCUUCGUCAGCUCGUCAAGCUGUCAAAGCUGGAGAUACCCGAGGAGAUCACCAGAGUCAUCGAGCCCAUCAAAGACAACGAUGCCGCUAUCCGUAACUAUGGAGUCCAGCAGGCGGUGGAGAUGUGCCGUGUGCUGCUGGACAGCGGCAAGGUACCCGGCCUCCACUUCUACACACUGAAUCGAGAGGUCGCCAUCAUGGAGGUUCUCCGACAGCUCGGCCUGUGGAUAGAGGACCCCAGGCGGUCUCUUCCCUGGGCAGUGAGUGCUCAUCCGAAACGGAAGGUAGAGGAUGUCAGACCCAUCUUCUGGGCAUCCAGGCCCAAGAGCUACAUCUACAGGACCCAGGACUGGGACGAGUUCCCCAACGGCAGAUGGGGAAACUCCUCGUCUCCGGCCUUUGGCGAGUUAAAUGACUACUACCUGUUCUACUUAAAGAGCAAGUCAACCAAAGACGCUCUGCUGCAGAUGUGGGGCGCUGAGCUGAUGAAUGAAGAGAGCGUCUAUGAGGUCUUCACCUGCUACAUCACGGCCCAACCAAACCGCAAUGGACACAAGGUGAUGUGUUUGCCGUGGAAUGAUGAACCUCUGGCCCCAGAGACCAACCUGCUGAAGGACGAGCUGGAGAAGGUGAACAAACGAGGAGUCCUGACCAUCAACUCGCAGCCCAACAUCAAUGGCAAACCCUCCGCAGACCCCAUCGCAGGCUGGGGACCUGCAGGAGGCUACGUCUUCCAGAAGGCCUAUCUGGAGUUCUUUACCUCCAGUGAAAAUGUGACCGCUCUCCUCGAAGUACUCAAGAAGUAUGAGCCCCGUGUCAACUACCACAUUGUUAAUGUGCACGGACGAAACCUGACCAACGCCCCCGACAUGCAGCCCAACGCUGUGACGUGGGGGAUCUUCCCCGGCAGGGAGAUAGUUCAGCCCACUGUAGUGGACCCAGACAGCUUCAUGUAUUGGAAGGACGAGGCCUUCGCCUUGUGGAUCGAGCAGUGGGCCAAGCUCUAUGAAGACGAGUCUCCUUCAAGGAUGAUUAUCAAGUACAUCCACGACAACUACUUCCUGGUCAACCUGGUGGACAAUGACUUUCCUCUGGAGAGCUGUCUGUGGCAGGUCAUCGAUGAUAUGUUCAAGAUGCUCGAUGCACCUCCAGGGCCUGAAGAUGGAACAGUCUCUGAAUAAAAUCUGAUUUUAGGGGACAGAAAGAACACUAUGGAAUUGUUGAUAUUCUAUGCAUUAAAAAGAAAAAGCUGCUACUUACAAUACACAGCAUAGAGUGAGAAGUUUACGGUAUUUUUUUUUAAUAGUUUUUAUAAAGGUAACAUUUGAGUGACUAGAAAAUGGAAGCGUACUGUCUCACUUAAUAAAAAUUUGAAACUUUGAAUGUUUGACCUCCAUGAUCUCCUUGAUCAGUAGCUUCAUCCUCUGCAGCACUCCAUUCCUGUGCUCACACAGUUUUGAGACCCAGUCACCUUUUUAACUUUCCUUAAGGACAGAUCUCACUGAUGAACAACCAAUGAGACAAAAACAAAACUUUUAAAAUGUGAACACGCAGGAGUUUUUCAAAAAAUGUUUUUAUUUUCAUAAUUGAAAUGUGGUAUAAACCUAGUGUAGAGGUACAAUGGAGACGUGAGAUGUUGUGUAUGAUGACAAUGUAAGAGUUCCACCAUCAUCUGUGAGCUGUUGACUAUUGUACCACAUAGAUAGUUACAUAUCUGCCCUCUGCCUUAACAUGUUUCAUAUGUAAGACAUAUUUAUUUGUUCUGCCUGCUCUAAAGCAUUAAAUUGUUUUUCAAUACUG